AUGAUCAAGAUUAAUUUUUCUCUUAUUUUGACUGUUAAAAAAAAAAAGAAUAAAACACAAGCUUCACCACCCGAUUUCCCAUUAAUGAUGCAAAAAAUGGUGGAAACAGAUCCUGCUAUCAGUAUCAGUAGUAGUAGUAGUAUGGAAACAACUUUUACAAUUCCAGAAAGUAUUGGUGUAAAUAAAAUAGAGUUGACAGAAUCACCCACUUCCACUUCAAUCAGUUAUGAGUACAAUAAUUUUAAUCUAUCGAAAAAUGAUAUUGAACUUAUGGAUCUAAAUGAUCGCCACGAUGAAAAGAAUGACGAAUUCGAUUUUUACAUCUUUAAUGACAAAACAUCGAAAAAGAGUAAAAAACAAAAGAAUAAUAACUAUAAUAAUAAAUUCACCAGAUACUGUAAACUUAUCGAGCAAGAUGGAGCCGAAUCUGAAACAGAUCAAACAGUUUUAAUACCACAAGAAGAAGGAUUUAGUUUCAAAAAAUUAGGAAAAUAUUUAGGUCCUGCUAUUUUUGUUUCUAUUGGUUAUAUGGAUCCUGGAAAUUGGGCAACUGAUUUACAAGGAGGUUCUCAAUUUGGGUAUAGACUACUAUGGGUUCUAUUGUUUAGUAAUAUAAUGGCAUUACUUUUACAAUAUCUAUCGUUUAAGAUUGCUUUGGUAACGAAAAAGGAUUUGGCAAGUGUUUGUAAAUCUCAAUAUCCAAGAUUGACCAGAAUUAUUUUGUGGAUCAUCUGUGAAAUUGCUAUUACAUCAACGGAUUUGGCAGAGGUAAUUGGAUCGGCAGUUGGCCUACAGAUUCUAUUUGGUUUGCCUUUGAUAGCAGGUGUUAUGAUAACAGCAUUGGAUACUCUGUUGUUUUUAGCGAUUCAAAAGUUUGGAAUUAGAAAGUUAGAGUUGGUUGUAUUUGGUUUGAUGACAAUCAUUACACUUUGUUUCAUAGUGGAGUUGUUCUAUGCCAAGCCCGAAGCAGAAGAGGUCUUCAAGGGAUUCAUUCCGACACUGACUACAAAAUCUGUAGUUGUCGCCACCGGUAUCAUUGGUGCUGUUGUAAUGCCUCACAAUUUAUUUUUACAUUCCGGUGUUGUUAAGUCUAGAAAAGUAGGUGAUACCAAUCAAUCGAUAACCGAAGCCAUUAAAUAUAAUACAAUCGAUACCGUUAUUGCUUUGAAUGGAGCAUUCUUUGUGAAUGCUUCUAUUAUUAUUUUGGCAGCAGCAGUUUUCUAUAAGCAUAAUAUCGAAGUAACACAACUUCAAGAUGCCUAUAAGCUACUGGGUGAUAUGGUUGGAGCAAGAGUAGCAUCUAUUCUAUUUGGUGUAGGAUUACUUUGUGCUGGCCAAGCAUCAACUAUAACCGGUACUUUAGCAGGUCAAAUUGUAAUGGAAGGUUUCAUAGAUCUUAAAGUAUCACCAUGGAUUCGAAGAUUGACAACUCGAUUGUUAGCAAUCAUUCCAGCAGUGAUUGUUAUUUCAUUGAUGGGCGAAGAAAUGACCUACGAUUUAUUGAUUCUCUCUCAGGUUCUUCUUUCACUUGCACUUCCAUUCGCAAUUAUUCCAUUGAUUCAAUUUACAGCAGAUCAAGAAAUAAUGCAAGAAUUUAAAAAUUCUAAACUUGUAAUAAUUGUAUCUUGGUUAAUUGCAUUAUUUAUUAUUUCAUUAAAUUUAUUGACGAUUGUGGAAAUUGUAAAAGGUUUAUUGGAAUUCAGCUUUGCAGCCAAGAUUGUCAGUAUUACAAUACUGAUACCACUCAUUGCAUUCCUACUCUUAUUCUUAAUCUGGAUUGUUUUGUACAAACAAUUAAGUUCAAUUUUAAAUAGAUUAUUAAAUCAAUGUCCAAGAUUAUAA